AUGUUCACAAAUUAUCAUCGUCAUUUAUAUUUAUUAACAAUUAUCGUUAUUUUUCUUGUACUUCUUCCGAUAGUCAAUUGUACAAGUCAUCAUAUGAAGGAAACAUCGAUUGGAUAUAGAAUGCGACCAACAACAAUAAUAAAAGAUCAUUUAAAUAAUAUAUUAGAACAAGAAAAUUUAAAUAAUAAUUCUGAAGAAGAACUCAAAAAUCUUCUUGCUAAUAUGUUAAAAGUUUAUCCACAACGUCGUGCAGCAUUAUUUUAUGCUAUGCGAGGAAAACGAUCAACUAACAUUACUUAA